GGGAGCAGUGGGAAUGCCUUGCACAUGCCCUCGUUGCGGGCCUCUCGGCAUGGGGAUGCUCAACUCCGCAGCUGCGAGGAGAGCAAGCACGGCUGCAGCAGGUGUGGGUCGCCCUCCGGGACUGGGGGAGUCUUGGCCCCACAGCUGGGGAUGGAGAAGAUCCCGGCAGGUGUGGUGCACUGCCGCGUGCGCAGCUGCGCGGACCAGACUUCCAGCUGGGGAGCUGGCGGGAGCAAACCACUUACCACCGGAGCCAAUAAAAGCGUAGUAAGAGGGUGGGGGGAAGGGCAAAUGCCCAGAAUAGCUUCCGAGUCAGCCGGAAGUGACCCUCGGCAGCAGUUGCCAUGGCAGCGGUUGGGCGCGCUGCGGGGCGGAGGGAAGAUGGCGGUGACCGGCUGGUUGGAGAGUCUGCGGGCUGCUGAGAAGACUGCACUGCUGCAGGACGGGAGAAGGAAAGUGCACUAUUUGUUUCCAGAUGGGAAAGAAAUGGCCGAAGAAUAUGAUGAGAAGACAAGUGAACUACUAGUGAGAAAGUGGCGUGUGAAAAGUGCUCUGGGAGUCUUGGGCCAGUGGCAGCUUGAGGUGGGAGAGCCAGUGCCCCCAGGAACAGGGAGCCUAGGCCCCGAACUCAUCAAGGAAAGCAAUGCUAAUCCUAUCUUCCUGCGCAAGGACACAAAGAUGAGUUUCCAGUGGCGGAUCCGAAACCUUCCCUACUCUAAGGAUACCUAUAAUGUCUGUGUGGACCAGAAGGAGCGCUGCAUCAUUGUCAGAACAACCAACAAAAAGUACUACAAGAAGUUCUCCAUUCCUGACCUAGACAGAUACCAGUUACCUCUGGAUGAUUCCUCGCUGAGUUUUGCUCAUGCCAACUGCACCCUAAUAAUCUCUUAUCAGAAGCCAAAGGAGGUCAUAAUGGCUGAGUCAGAGCUACAGAAGGAGCUAAAGAAGGUGAAGACAGCCCACAGCGGCGAUGGGGACUGCAAGACCCAGUAGCUAACCACAAAGUCUUGUACCUCCAGCAUGGAGGGCACCGUGAAACUUCAGGCUUAGGCCUUUCCAGCCCAGGGCAGCCUCCUGGAUUCUAGGAGCUAUCUGGAGUCUGAAGGACUGGACUGUGGGGUACUCCUAGCCUCUGAGUCAUGAUCUUACUUCCUGAGUAAAGUCAUUCUGAGUUACUGCACAGGAA